AUGUUUAUUUUCAAUGUAUUUUCAUCAUCAUUUUCUUUUUCUUCUUCCUCUUCUCAAUUCUCUUUCCCCUCAUUUUUCGACGCUUCUUUUUAUCACUUCUUCUUUUUCGUUUUCUUCUUCUUCUUCUUCUUCUUCUUCUUCUUCUAUUUUCCUCGACACUCUUUCCCUUUCUUUUAUUUAAUUCUCUUAUCUAAACCUAUUUUCUUUGACGCUCUUUUUUAUUUCUUUUUUCUUCUUUAUCUUUCUAUUCCCUAUUCUUUUUCUUUUUUGAGAAAUAUUCGACGCUUCUUAUCUCUUUUCUUCUUCUUCUUCUUCUUCUUCUUUCUCUCUCCUUCUCAUCAUCAUUAUUUUCUAUUGUCUCUUCUUUUAUGUUUAUUUUCAACGUAUUUCUUCAUCUCACUUAUCUUUCUUCUUAUUUUCGACGUUUCUUCUUUUUCUUCUUCUCACUUAUCUUUCUUUCUCUUCUUCUUCUUCUUAUUAUUAUUAUUUUCUCUUAUCUCUUUUGUUAUAUCGAGUAUCCUUAUUUUUUGUUUUUCUUCCUUUUCAUAUUCGUCGUCCUUCCUUCUGUUUUUCCUUCUUUUUUGUAUAUUUUCACCUUAUUUUCUUCUUUUCUGCCAAUGA